AUGGCUGUGAUAACUGUUGUGUCUGAUUUGAAACCGUUCAAGACUAUGUGGAAGAUUAGGCUCAAGAUCAUACAUUUGUGGAAGCAGUAUUCCGUGGCCGGUGGCCUAACCAUUGAGAUGGUGCUAAUCGACUCUAGCGGUGUUAAGAUUAACGCUUCUGUGAAAAAAUAUCUGGUUAAUCAAUUUGAUUACUUCCUUUCACAAGGAAGUUCAAAGAUUCUCAUUAACUUUUCACUCAAUCCCUCUUGCGGUUCAUACCGAACAACCGUUCAUCCGUACAGAAUUGGUUUUCUGUCGACAACACGUGUGAGAAGUUGUGAUGAUUUGCCCGAUGCCCUAACUGGCUUUGAACCAGUCAACUAUAGGGACAUUCUAGAUGGUACACUCAAUACGGACUAUUUGGUUGGUAAUUUAUCUAAAUAUGUUAUUUUUGCUAAUAGGAGUUUAUAUUACAACACAAAAAUUGGAAGAGAUCAUCACUCAGUCAUGCUCUUAGGAGAUGCGAAUGGAGUAACAUUAGAAGGAAGCUUAAACUAUGUUUUAUCUCUACCUAGAGAGAUUGAGUUGAAAGAAGAUGACUGGGUUGAGAUUCUCAAUUUCGACAUAAGAUAUGUUUUUGAGUUGCAUAGAACGACAAAGCACAAAUACACAAUCAAGUUCAAUGAAUCAAGUUAUGCUGAAUUGAGUGGGGGAGAAGGUGGUUUCAAUUAUGUUACAAACAUGGAAAGUGGUUCUGAUAUUUUGUUUGAUUCUGACAUCCCAGAGAUUCAGUUCUUCAAAUCUCAGAUUCCAAGAAUCGAUUUAUGA